AUGUCACAAGAAGUUAUUCAAAAAGAAAAAAAAAAAUUUAAAAAUUUUACUAUAUUAAAUUGGAUUUUAUUAUUAUUAUUAAUAUCUACAAAUUUUACUUGCCCAUUAGCAUUUUCCUGUAUUUCACCUUUUUAUAAUACAGUAGCUUUUACUAAAGGUUUAUCCUUAUCACAAUGUGGUAUUGUUUUUGGAAUAUUUAAUUUUUUAGGUAUUUUUGCUUCACCUAUUGUUGGAUCAAUUAUACCAAAAAUUGGUUUAAGAAUUCUUUUACCAUCAGGAAUGAUUAUAACUGCAUUUGGAACAUUAUUAUUUGCAUUAACAAUUAUUAUUCAAUCUUCUUUCUGGUUUUUUAUAAUUUCAUCAAUCUUAAGAUUAAUACAAUCUUUAGGAUAUUCAAUUUUAUUAACAUGUACUUUUACAUGUGUUUCAAGAUCAUUUCCAGAUUUAACAUCAACAAUAUUAGGAAUAAUUGAAACAUUUGUUGGUUUAGGAUAUACAUUAGGACCAUUUUUUGGUGGUGCUCUUUAUGAUUAUGGUGGUUAUAUUUUACCAUUUCUUGUUCUUGGAAUUUUUUUAUUAGUAUGUGGAAUAAUAAGUAUAUUUUUUAUAAAAAUUGAUAAUGAAGAUUCUUGUAAUAAAUAUCAUUAUUCUAUUUAUUUUAAAUUAAUCAAAAUACUUGAUGUUUGGAUUAUUAUGAGUUCAGCAAUUUUUACAGGAAUGAUAUUUCAAUAUCAUGAUGUUACAUUACCAGAAGUAUUAAAGGAAUUUAAUUUAACUUCAUCACAAAUUGGAGCAUUUUUUUUAAUUAUGGGAAUUCCUUAUGCUAUAUUAACACCAAUAUAUGGUUAUAUACUUGAUAAAUAUGGUGGUGCAUCAUAUUUUAUAAUUUCUGGUUCUAUUUUAUCUAUAAUAGCUAUGUAUUUUUUUGGUCCAGCACCUUUUAUUCCACUAAAAAGAAAUUUAACUUUAUUAAUUAUAAUGAGUAUUUUUGAAGGAAUAUCUGUUGGUGGUCUUUAUAUUCCUUGUUAUAUAAAAGUAUUAAAAACUGUUAUAAAAGAAAAAAAUUUUCCUGAUAAUUUAGAAACAUCUGGUGUACUUUCAGGAAUAUUUGGUAUGUGUUAUUCAUUUGGAGCAGUCAUUGGUCCUAGUGGAGGAUCUUUUCUUGUUGAUCAAUUAAAUUAUCAAUGGUCUACUUUUAUUUAUGGUACAGCAAUGUUAAUAUAUUUAUUAAUAUUUAUUUUUAUUUAUUACAUACCAAGACAUUGUAACAAAAAUAAAAUUAAUGAUAUUGAAGAAAAUAAUACCAACAUAUAUCAAUGA